GCUUGGACAGCAACCAGCAGUAAACCCGAAGACUGAGAACUACAUACAUAUCAGAAUUUUAAAGAAACAAAAUCAAAUCUUUUGAUUGUACUCUGAAGAGACCCGCUGUGUAAUACUGCAUUGCUAGAUUUCGUCACAUUUCAGAUAGAGAGAGGUAGAGAGUGAGAAAGAGAGAGGGACUCGAAGAUUCUACUUUUAAAGUAAGAAUCACAGCGAAAAAAAAGCCAACAUGACUGAGAGUGCAGACCGUCGAUUCCACAAUCUGACAAUGGAGCAAAUUCAAACUUUGAAUCAAGUGCUAACAGAAGUAAUACCAAUACACGGAAGAGGCAAUUUUCCUACUCUGGAGGUCAAACCCAAAGAUAUCAUUCAUAUGGUGAAAGACAGACUAAUCGAAAAGAAGAUUACUGUCCGUGAUGUUAGGCUAAAUGGAUCUACUGCCAGUCAUGUCUUGGUCAAGGAGAAUGGGACCAGCUACAAAGAUUUGGACAUUAUUUUUGGUGUAGAGCUACCCAAAGAGGAAGACUUCCAAAUUGUGAAAGAUGUUGUCUUAGAUUGCUUAUUAGACUUCUUACCAAGGUGCGUUAAUAAAGAAAAAAUUACAGCACUUACCAUGAAGGAGGCUUAUGUCCAGAAGAUGGUAAAAGUUUUCACAGAACACGACCGUUGGAGUUUGAUCUCACUUUCUAACAACAGUGGAAAGAAUGUGGAGCUUAAAUUUGUUAACUCUUUGCGACGUCAAUUUGAAUUCAGUGUGGAUUCCUUCCAAAUCAUUCUCGAUCGUAUAUUGGAAUCCUAUCGAGAGUUGGAGAAAAUAAAGGCAGAAAAAGCAGCUAUAAAGCAGACCAGUAACCUAUCAAUCCAGGUUCAGAAAGCAGACUUGCAGGAUGAUACAUCUAACACUCAGACCAAUGACAAAUUGCAAAUCUGUGAAAAGCUCUCAAACAAUCAGGUCAGAGAUUUUAGAGACAACAAAGAAAAAGAACCCAAAGACAAAGGAUUAAAAGACUUGGGCACACCACUAGUUCAUAAUACACACUCAGAAAGCUGCAGCGCGGACACCCUGAGCCCAGAAUUAUUAACUAAAAAUGAUGUGUUGACAGCAAAUGGUGAAGAAUUGCCAGAGAAGGUACUUGAAUCCAUCUUGGAGGUAGACUGUUCAAAUAAAAUGGAAAAUAAAUCGACAAGCAAAGAGAAAAUGUGCGAACAGAAUGUAUUGGACAGAAAAAAAUUAUCUACCACCCAAAAAGGAUCACCAUGCCUAGAAAAAAAGGUAACUCCUGCCAAAAAACUGCUUGCCGCAAAAAAGGAACUACUUGCACAAAACAAAGAUGUAAAAAAGACACUCUCUAACAAGACGCAAUCAGAGGAGUCAGAGGGUACACCAGUUGAUGUUGUUAAAGCCUCAAAAAAUGAUUUGGAAUUACAAGAUGAAAAGUCAGCUAAGGUUAAAAAGUCACCUACUCCAAAAAAAGAAUCUCAAAUACAGGAUGAACAGCAUUUUCAAAAUAAAAUAUUAGCUAUUGAAAAAAAUGAACUGCAAACCCAAGAUGUAAAGCUAGAUCAGGUCCAGCCAGAGCCUGUAGCACAAACAGAACCAUACACCCAAGGUGAGCUACUAACGCAAGUUAAAAAACUGCCUGCCGCAAAGAAAGAAAUGGCCAGUCAAGAAGAAAAGCAAGUCAACAAAACAUCAGCCACUAGGAGAGAAUCUGAAAUCGGAAAGGAACAGCCAGCUCAGGUCAAAAAACUUCCCUUGUCCAAAAAAGAAUCUGUUACUCAAGAUGAACAGGUAGCUCAGGUCAAAAAAACACCUACCGUAAAGAAGGAACUUCAAACACAUCAAGAAGAAAUAGCUCAGGUGAAGAAACUAACUACCACGAAGAAGGAGUUGCAGCCUCAAGAAGAUAAUGUCAAAAAGGCAUCACCCACAAGGAAAAAUGGGCAGGUUAAAGAAGAUAAAAACACUCAGGUAAAUCAACCACCCAUGAAGCAGAAGGAAUCAACAACCCAUGAUGACACCGGGUCAUCUCAGGUUACACAACUGGAACCAGCAAAUCAACAACAACAGUGUAUUUUGGAUGAAAAGAUACCAGUUCUUUCAAUUAACGAUAGUGAAUUUGUAAAAGAAAUAGAAGCAGAGUCCCAGAAAUUACCGAAGAAAGAUAAAGUAGUUGAACAGGCACAAAUCUGUUCAGUAGAGCAUCAGGAAUUAAUAGAUGAGCCUAUUGAAUCGAUGGCUGAAGCAAGAGGAACAGUAUAUGAAACUACAAAAAUAAUAACUGCCUCCAUUGAGAACCCAACUGCCGAUCUGCUGUCUGUUACUGUUGUGGCAGAAAGUAUGUAUGGUGACUUUGAGCAGGCUAUGGACCACCUUCGUUACAGACUUAUUGCGACACGUAAUCCUGAGGAGAUUCGUGGUGGUGGACUCCUGAAAUACAGCAACCUUCUGGUCAGAGAGUUUAGGCCAGCCAGCGAAACAGAAAUCAAAACUUUAGAACGUUAUAUGUGCUCUCGCUUCUUUAUUGACUUUCCUGACGUCAAUGAACAGCAACGCAAGAUUGAGUCUUACCUUCGUAAUCAUUUCAUUGGGGAGGAAAAAAGCAAGUAUGACUACCUAAUGACCUUGAGACGGGUAGUCAAUGAGAGCACUGUCUGCCUUAUGGGGCAUGAGAGGCGACAGACUCUUAAUAUGAUUACAAUUUUGGCUCUUAAAGUACUUGGUGAACAGAAUAUCAUUCCAAACACAGCCAAUGUUACUUGUUAUUACCAGCCGGCUCCAUACAUAAGCGAUCGCAACUUCAAUAAUUAUUAUAUAGCUCACGGGCAACCUCCCAUCAUUUAUCACCCCUACCCUCUGCAUAUUCAUAUGCAGACUGGCCUUGUAUAGAAAUGAAAAAAGAAACAAACAAACACGGCAUACAUAUUAAAAUUGACAUGUGUGAGCUAAAUACAUAUAUAAAUAGAUAGACAAAAUUCAGGCCGAUACAUCACUGUCCUGGAUUUCUUGCCAACCAAACAAAACAGUGGUCAACAGUGCAUCAACUGCACGUCUGGGCCUCGUUCUGAAAAGCCAGAUUGAUUUGCUUCAGACACAUGGCCAGCUAAGUUGUAGAUUGCUGGCAACAAUAGAGAGAGUGAUCAUGAUAAAAACGCAGAAGAUCGGAUACUGAGGCUUAUGAGAAUGAUUACUCCAAUGGCCUGUGGAGAACCGUUCUACUUAAAACCAUCCAGAUCUUUAAAGUUUCUGCUCACAAAUUUUGACUAGGAAAUAUUUUCCUUUCAAAAUACUGUCAGUGUGGCACAGUUCCACAUAACCUAUUUUUAAGGUAUAUAACGGAAAUUUUAUUAAGCUUAAACAUGUUGGCUGUUCAGUCAACUAAAAAGAGAUGUGCAAUACCUGCUGCCAUUCAUUGAAAGCUAUAGUACCACUAUACUAUUUUAUGAACAUGAUCUAGAUGUUGAUAUUUUUUUAUCCCUUUUUAUCAAAACUAUGUUACAGAUUAGUGAGGGUUUAACUAAACUUACUCCGUAACACCACACAAAUGGAUGACAUUGAUUUAACAAUAAUAUUUAUUACAGUUAUGUGGAUAUCGAGCCAACAUCCAGUUCACAGCUAGGUUUGUCCAAACACAUUGUAGCAGGGCCUGCCAUGUGGCAGGAACCAUCUCUUAACAGGGUGCCAUUCCCUCUCGAGGCCCACUCACACUCACACACCCCCAUAAUCACUCAUACACAGCUAAUUUAGAGGAAGACACACACUCUUGGAAGUCAGAAGAAAAUCAAAGUGUUUGGAAAACCUCCAGCUGACAUGAAGAUGACACUUAAACAAUGGCAAUAGAAACAGUGUCAAGGCUGUUCAAAGCUAUGAAGCAGCAGCACUAACCACUGCGUGACAGGUAGCUGUAUACAUGAGAUAAAAUACAUUUUAAGUAUAAUGAAAACUAACAAUAUCACAUAUUUUAUUAAGAAGGAUUUAGCAAUGUCUAGCCUGCGAGAAUGAAUUAAACAGUUGUUAACAGUUUUUGUAAAACUUUGACUUGAAAAAAUAAUUACUAGAGAAUUAAUAUUAUUCUUUAAUACAUAUAAAUUAUAUAUAACAUAUCGUAGGUCACAAAUGACAGAUCACAAGAGAAAGGAAUUGCAUUUGUUUUUUAUGAGCUAAAUGGAAACCCAAAUGCCACAGUUGGUUACUGCUAUCACUUGGGGACCUCAAGGAUACUAUUAUCUUUGAGGUGGCCUCCUCAGUCCCUAAUUAGAUAUGUUACACUGCCAUACUGUCCCCUAUAACAAGAAUGCAAUUAAGUGUGGAUCAGCAAGGAACCUGUACUGAACACAUUUGAUUAUCAGCGGUAGGUCAACACAGUACAAUUACUGGCUUUGGCAUUUGUGUUUCCAUGGUUCUUUUCAACAAUGGAUUCAAGGCUUGCUUGCGAUGCAGCUAUUUAGAGCAAUGAAGCUCCAUAUUUAUCCAUUAGGUUUGAUGAAAAUGUUACUCAAUCAAGGUGAAUUUAAUUAUUUUGCUUUCUUUGCUGAAUGUCGGUAGGGUGGAGGAGAGGGUUGUAUUUUUCCACACAUUUUCACAUUGCUGAUGAGUUUCUGUCUUUUAUGUCAGAUAUUUCUGUGAUGCCCCAUUUGGUGAAAUUCCCUCCAGGACUUCUGUGGCUUAAUGAUGAUUUUAAAUAAAAUAUAUAAAAAAACAUAUGAUAUGAAGAAAAAGUUUCUAGCUUUGCCUUUAGUGACUGCAGAAGGCUACGUAAUGGGGCCAAAUAUUCAAUGCCAAGUGAAAAAGUGGAAAUGAUCACAAAAUGGACUUCUUAUUUCUCUUAUUAGAGAGAGAGAAAUGCAGUAAUUACUAUUAGUUUAUUAGCAUCCCUUUAAAUCCAGAUCAGCAUGUGUGUGUUUCUUUUUCUAAAAGGAAACAUUCAAAUUAUUCCAAAGCUGUUGUAUCUGGAUUUGAAAGGAGCAAGCAGUUCCUGAAGCUAAUUAGGGAAUAAAAACCAAAGAUGGUUUUGAAAGUAUUUCACACAAGUGCCUUCAAUACAAGAUCACAUUCCAAACAAAGGUGUAAGAUUGGAACUUGUUUUGUGAUUGUACUUUUAACUUUAUUUAUUUUGUCUUCAGAUAUUUUGCGUUUGUCUUUUCUGUAGCCUUUAUGUUAUUGAAAUAUAGUUUUAUAAAACAUGGGCGACAAUUUUUAUUUUUCUUUACCUAACCUAACGGAGAUCUUUACUGUCUAGUUUUUGCACCCUUUUUUAAACUAUGCUAUGUGGUUUGUUUUGAAACAGAACCUGGUAACAGUUUGUUUAUGACCACUAACCACAGAAUGAAAAGGGCUCACGAUACCACUAAUCAUGAGUAUAACAUCUGAGAAGUUAUUAUGGGUAAUACUGUAGGACAUUUUAGAGUUCUGAGAAAAUCAAAUGGCUCUGAGCAUAAGUGUUUUAAAAGACAAUGCAGUCAAUUAUGUUUACUUGUAUUAAAUUCAUUGUGUAUUAAAAAAAUGUGUAUUUCUAUUGAUGUCCCAGAAUACCAACAAUAUCAGUGAGGUUGCUUCUUUGACUUACUUGGUGUGGUACUUUACCUGAACUGUUGGUCACUUAAGUAGCCUCCAUACUUAUUAAUUCUGUCAUGACAAACAUGGGAAACAGAAAAACUGUGCAAAGUUUUUAAACAGUUCAUAAACAUCUGUACUAUAUUCUAAGAAUCUAAAAUAAAGUUUGUUACAGUACUUUAAGUUUAUU